UAGCUACCUUUUUAGACAUUGCUUAGGCAAAACGCUGAUCUAAUAAAGUUCGAGUACAGAACCACUCAGAAUGGCCGAUAAACUUAGUGCGCUCGGAAUUGGCCAGCAUAAUGAUUCCGGGUUGACACGGAGGUGCCGCUUGCUCCAUUUAAAGCCAACGGCGCUCAUCAGUCAGCUGCUGCCCAACUUCCAAGUUUUGCGAAGAGUGCGCUGCCUCUCCGUGGGGAGCAUGUCGCAAGCGGCUCUGGAGGAGGUCUUCACGAACUGCAGGCAGCUGGAGAGCCUACUUCUGUGCGACUCGGUGGGCACCGGCACCGUUUACAACAUUCGGAGCAUUUGGCACUGCCAGAUGUUGAAGGUCCUGCUGAUUCCCCUGAAUGUGAGAACGCCACUGGCCGUCUGCUUACUGGAGAACCUCACGCAUCUCACGCUUCAGCGCUACAAUUUCAGUCAAGGAAUGGAGUGGAUGCCCACCGUUCAGACCAUCAUCCGUUACAAGCGGUUCAAUCUCCAUGAAUUCUCCUUUGAUGGAUCCGGGCUGGCCGCUCCCAUGAAUCUUUCCCAGCUUCAGCUGGCCCAAUGCACAGCCCUCACCGAACUGAGAUUGAGCAACUGCCUGCUGGCUGAAACGGAAAGCCCGCCAUUGCCCUUCUCCUGCCAACGGCUCAGCUUCCGGCGAUGCAAAAUAGGCAAAAUGAGUGGUUACAUGCAUCCGCUUCUGAAGAAACUGGAUCUGUUUAACUGUCAGAUGUUGUUUGAUACUCCCAUGCUACGCCGCCUCCUGAACUUGAGAAGGCACCAGCCCAUCGAAGGACCACUGCUGCUCACCUUUAGCCAGUCCCCCAGACUGCGAUCUGAGCUCUCGAAGUGGUCCCAGGAGGAAGUGAGUGCCAACAGCCAGUGGCUGCAAGUGAAGGAAGUGGGUCCGCACCAGGCAAUUACAUGGCAACAGCCAUACGGUACGCUUUCCAUGAGGUUUGGCCUCUCCGUAAGAUAUAUGCCCGAUCUCAAUCUCCCGGAGGAGAGUAUCCCGAGUGCCGCUGAUGUACUCAGUUCCCUGGAUUCUUCAUAAGGAGUUAGAUCCGCCUAGUAAAAGCACAGGCCUUAGUUAUUCGGUCAUCACUUGAUGUACAAUGUACAGUUCCUUAGUCAACUUUUGACAAAUCACCGCCUAAAGUAGGUCUAUGUGAUCUUUCUCUAAUAA